UUUUGCUGAUGGUUUGAAAUGAAAGUAAGGUCGUUCUGGCAAACAUAAAUAUAGAUCCAGUGUAAUACUAAUCACGAAAUAAAAUGUGAAUUUGCAUCACAAAAAGAAGAAAAAUAUGAGUAACGACCUGUCUGUUUGGUGUGAAUUUGGCAUACUAAAGCGUGUCCCUCAAUUAGUCAAAUAAAGUAAAGUUCCAUCAUGUCUGACAAUGAAAGUAAAGCCCAAAAUGAUGAAAAUGAAGAAAAGGGCCCUCAAAUGCCUUUUUUUGUUGACUAUGACAAGAGAGGUCAAGCAAAGUGUAAAGUUUGCAAGCAAAAAUUUGAAAAAGGUGAGGUCCGCAUUGGGAAGUAUGGCCACAACCCAUUUGGAGCCGACACACCAAUGAAGCUUUACCAUCACAUUCCUUGUCUUUUUGGGGCAUUCAAGAAGGCUCGAGCUACCACUAAGAAAAUUGACGAUGUUCAGGAAGAUGUGGAAGGCUGGGAUGAAGUUAAGACUGAAGAUCGAGAAAAAAUCUUGGAUGCACUUAAAGAUUUCCAACAAUUCUGUAAAGAGAAGGGAAUCUCAUCCAAAGUGACACCAAAGGCCCAGAAGACCAAGAAAGCUAAUAACGCAACUCCUCCUGCUCCACACCUCACCCCCAAGAAAGAGGUGAAACAAGAAGUGGGAGCUAAAGAUACAGCUGAGAUGGAGCCUCAAAACAAGGACAACAGCUUCAGAGAGUUUCGUCGUCUAUGUGUUGCUAUUGCUGAACAGAAUAGCUAUCUUGCCAAGACUGAACAAAUUGAAGAUUUUUUCACAAAAGGCUCUGGCAAAGAUGUAUUUCGUGGGGAUCUAGAAUUAUGGAUCCGGCUGCUCCUGCCUGGAAUCAUAAAGCGCACGUACAACCUUCGGUGCAAGCAGCUCGUCAAGUUAUUCUCGCAGGUGUUUAACACAAACCAUGAGGAGAUGAUUGAACAUCUGAAGGAGGGCGAUGUGGCAGAGACAGUGAGCGUGUUUUUCGAACGCAGUCGCCGUGUCAAGCCUGCCAAGAAGAGCGCCAUCUCCAUCCACAUGGUGGAUGCGUGGCUUGCCAAGCUCGAGGGCAUGACCAAGGAGGAAGAACAGAUAGCGCACCUGUCGUCAGUGGCAGCGCAGUGCACCAGCAACGACCUGAAGAUGGUGGUGCGGCUCAUCAAGAGAGACUUGCGCAUCAAUGCUGGCGCCAAACCCAUCUUGGAUGCAAUUCACUCGGACGCUUACGCGGCGUUCCAGACGACGCGGGACUUGAGCGCCGUGCUGCGCCAGGUGCGCGAGAAGAAUGCGUCGCCCAGCGCCUUGCAGCGCUCGCUCAGCAUCAAGGCGCGAGUCUUGACGCCCGUCUUACCCAUGCUGGCAAUGGCAUGCAAGUCCGUUGAAGAUGCCUUUAAGCGCUGCCCCAACGGCAUGUAUUCCGAGAUCAAGUAUGACGGAGAGCGAGUACAGCUUCACAAGACGGGCUCCGAGUUCAAGUACUUCUCUCGCUCACUAAAGCCUGUCAUGGAUCAUAAGGUAUCCCACUUUUCCGAGUACAUUCCUGACGCGUUCCCUCACGCCCACGACCUGAUCUUGGAUGCUGAAGUCUUGCUGGUCGACACACGCACCGGCAACCCUUUGCCGUUCGGGACUCUUGGAGUGCACAAGAAAAACGAGUUUGAGGACGCUAAAGUUUGCCUUUUUGUCUUUGACUGUAUCCACUACAACGGAGAAAAUUUAAUGAAGAAACCUCUGAGCGAGCGUCGUGCGGUGCUGCUGCAGAACAUGACGGAGGUGAAGCACCGCGUCCACUUUAGUGAAAUGAAGGAAAUUCAUAAACCUGACGACCUGCGGGCCAUGAUAGCCCGGGUCUUGAGUGAGGGCUUGGAGGGUCUCGUGCUCAAGGAUAUCAAGAGCAUCUAUGAGCCUGGCAAGCGCCACUGGCUCAAGGUAAAGAAAGACUACCUGGAAGACGGGGCGCUGGCUGACACGGCGGACCUGGUGGUGCUGGGCGCGUGGUACGGUACGGGCAAGAAGGGCGGCAUGCUCUCUAUCUUCCUCAUGGGCUGCUAUGAUCCUGCUUCACAGAAGUGGUACACCGUCACGAAGGUGCACACUGGCCAUGACGACGCUACGCUGGAGGCGCUGCAGCAGUCGCUCAGCAUGACGAGGAUUAACUGCGACUACGACAAGGUGCCUGCGUGGCUCAGCUGCUCACGGUCCCUCACGCCGGACUGCGUUGUCAAGGAUCCCAAGAAGGCGCCGGUGUGGGAGAUUACAGGAGCAGAGUUCACACAAAACCAAAUCCACAGCGCCGAUGGCAUCAGCAUUCGCUUCCCGCGAGUCACCAAACAGCGGCCCGACAAGGACUGGACGCAAGCCACCAGUUUGCCUGAGCUCAAGGAACUAUUCAAGGCCUCGAAGGAAAAAGACUUCAGUGACAUCCUAGGUGUUCCUUCGUCUACCCAGAUCGGAGAAUCUUCUUCAAGUUCGUCUAAUGGAUCGGCGAAAAAACGAAAACGCGAUGACGAUGAAGAUAAGAAACCAAAGUUGGACUAUCAGGCGAAAAAACUAAGACUUGAUGACCAAACCACUGGAGAAAAUAAGCUUAGCGAUGAUGUGUCCAAAACACAAAAGCUUAAUGACGUCGCUGAAAUUCCUGAAGUGCAGGACCAGAAGAAGAUUAAGGAAUCUCGCGACAACGAUCGUGGGAGCAAGCGUCACAAGAUAUCUGAUGAAAGUGAUGCCGGUGAGUCCAUCAAGAGACAGAAAACCAGCAGCAAUAACACUAGCAGCAGCAGCAACAACAUUAGCGGUAACAGCAAAAUUAGCGACAACAGCAGCAACAACGCUACCAGCAGCAGCAGCAAGGAGAACGGCGUCAAGGAGGAGAAAAGGAGAGAUAAGCAUAAAAAUAGGAGCGGUGGCGACAGCAGCAGCGGUAGUAAGGACAAGGAAAGUCGUCAUCACAAGGAGAAGAGAGAAGGCAGCUAUAAAGUGAAGUGCCGGUACUGGCUUCAGUGUCACAACACGAGCAAGGAACAUCGCGACAGAUUUGAACAUCCUCCUCAAAAGAGCCUCAUCUCGAGGCCGCUGCCGGACGUGUUGUGCUCAGUCAAGGUUUUCCUGAAGGGCGACAUUGAAGAUAAAGAGAAGCUGGAACGAUACAUUGUAGCCUUUGGUGGGACGCUUGUGCCACAUCAUCGUCGGUCCGAGGCAACUCAUUGCUGCAGUGCCACAUCUCAGCCCUGCGAUCCCACUGAACAUUGCAGUGCUGUGCACACGAGCGUACAGUGGCUCUGGGAUAGCAUCAAGACUCAUCGUCUGCUGCCUGAAGCGUCGUACACGUCACCCCUGUAAGACCGUCCUCAUGCCUCGUGUCUAGCUAGGCUCCGAUGACCUAACUUUAGAUCAGUUAACCCUCUACCGCCGUAUGUCACUCUCCGAGAACAUACCUUUCAACUUAAAUUAUACGUAAACCAUUGAGUGAAGCAAGUUUUAAGUGAGUGAACUCACUUAAAACUUCACACAAACUAUUGAGUGAAGUGAGUUUUAAAAUUUUCGUAAGUGGCGGCAACCAUCAGUGCAAGUCUUUUUGC